AUGGCUUCCGGAUUUAGAGAGUCCCAAGACUAUUGGGAAGACCAAGCUGUUUAUGAAGCUAUGAAAAAUCAUGAAUCUCGCUAUCAUCAUGGAAGAGGGCCAUGUAAUAUAUUUAUAUUAGAUACAUCUUCAAGUCUUGGACAAGAAGGGUUUCAACAAAUGAAAGAAACAUUUUGCGCUAUCAUUGAUGAUAUCGACGAAAAUGUUGCUGUUAUUAUAUGUGGAAGAAGCACCAAAUUCCAACGUUAUUAUUCAAAUCACUACUCAGAUAUAAAACAUUGCUUAGAUGACGUUGAAUUUGGAGGACUAACUCCACUCAUGGCAGCAUUAACCUUAGCAAAGGUGUGUUUAGUCAGUGAAGUAGGCCAUACGAAAAGAAUGGGAGACUUUCAUGUUCAUCCAAGAAUAAUUGUUAUUUCGGACGGUAGACCUACUGAUUUUACUGUCAUUAGUGAUGUCGAGGAUUCACCUGCUUAUGAAACUGAAAAGGAUAAGCAGCGCGUGCUAGAUUUUUCAAGAGGCAUUGGACUGGUACAUCCAAUUUUUUGUAUACCGGUGGGAAGUAACCCAGAUCUGGUAACAUUAGAAUUUAUUUGUGCUCAGUCCAGGGGAGGAAAGAUUGUGUAUCCUCAAGAAGCAAGACAGUUUGCAAAAUACUCUGAAAAUUUGAAAAUUGCUUCGCUGCUAUCAUAUACGAUGAAAAAUGAUGGUUUUGACUGCGAAAUGAUUAUGACAUUACUGACCUGCAAACUACCAGGAAGACAGUUUACAGAAGAUGAUAAGAAAGAUAUAUUUGAAAUCUGCUCAAAGAAGUCACUCUAUAUUUCAAUGGAAGAAAUAGAAGCAGAACAGGAAGCUGAAAUGGAUUACAUAUAUCAAGAGGAAGAUCCAAAUAUGCCGCCUUUGGGAUCUAGGGUCAAACGUGGACCUGAUUGGGUCUGGGAUAAUCAGGAUAAUAAUGGACCUGGGACUGUGAUAGGGCAUAAUAAGGAUAAAUGUGUAUACGUAGAAUGGGAUACUGGUUCGGUGCAUCCUUACAUAUACAGAUCUAAAACACCUUUUAGAAAUAUAUGUAGAUAUGAUGUUAUAGUUUGUAGUGAACCUAGAAUUACGAAAAAAGGCAAUAUUGCCACUGGCUGUCUUGUUAAAAGAGGUAAAGACUGGGAAGGUGGAGACAAGGAUGAUGGGUUCAGAAGUAUUGGAUCAGUUUACAGAUGUAAAAGAAAUGGAAUUGUUUAUGUGCGUUUUCCAAAAUCCUUAAUCAGAAGAUCCGACCCAUUUUCCCCGGAAGCUGUUGAGUACCUCCAGGAUCAAGCCCGAAAGACAGAUUUGAAUUCCUCAGCCGAAGAUUCCUCAGUAGAUAUUUCUGAAAGUCCUUCAUCUAAGGUCUGA